GCUACAAAAGAUGAUACCCCACGAUCCCGGUCCUGUUAGGGUUCCAAAACCUUCGUUCUUUCAAUUUGAACCCUGCAACAACACAGAUCUGUAUCCUCCAUCGGCAACAAUGAAGCUCUCAUUCUCUUUAUCAUCAUCAAAACCCCCAAAACCCUCAAUAAACCCACCUCAAAACCACCACCAAACAACCACCACAACCAAAGAAUUCGUCACAGAAUUCGACCCAUCACAAACCCUAACCACAGCCAAAACCCCCGAUUCAAUCGCCCCAAUCGCCAACGAAUGGAAACCCCAUAAAAAAGUCAAACUCCUCAAUCUCCCAGAUAAAUCCGAAGACCCAAAUCUCCAAUUCGAAACCGUAAACUCUACUGUCGAAGAAAUCGACCCUAACAUCUCCUACGGUUUGAAUAUUCGCGCCAAAAAGGGUUCUGAGAGUGAUUUGAGACCGAAAGGUGAGAGAUCGGAAUCGGGUUCUUCUUCCAUUGAUCGAUUGAUGUUGGAUAAGUUGAGGAGGGAUUUGGAUAGUUUGCCGGAGCAUAGAGGGAUGGAGGAGUUUGAGGAUAUGCCGGUUGAGGGUUUCGGACUCGCGUUGUUGAAAGGGUAUGGGUGGGAAGAAGGGAGGGGGGUGGGGAAGAAUGCUAAAGAGGAUGUUAAGGUGUUCGAGAUUACGAAACGGACCGGAAAAGAAGGGAUCGGGUUUGUUAACGAUGUUCCCGGGCCACCGAGUAAAGAUGGUAAAAACCGAGCUGCGAGUUUGGAAAAGAAAACGGUUAAUAAUGACGAAAGAAAAGAGCGGAUUCAUAGUGGUGAUAGGCGGAAAGAUUCAUCGGGUAGUCGGGAUCAUAAGCGUGAUCAUGAUAAGAAAACGAGUGGUAAAAGGGGACGCGAAAGGGAAAGAUACGAAACAAGUGGUGGUUUGUCGAAUUCGAAGUCGAAUAAGUCUUGGUUAAGUAGUCAUAUCCGGGUUAGGAUAAUUAGUAAAGAGUUAAAAGGGGGGAGGUUAUAUUUGAAAAAGGGUGAGAUUGUGGAUGUUGUAGGGCCGACUACGUGUGAUAUACGUAUGGAUGACGGUCGGGAGCUUAUACAAGGGGUUGAUGAAGAGUUUCUCGAGACUGCGCUCCCUCGGCGUGGUGGGCCGGUUCUUGUUUUGUAUGGUAGGUAUAAGGGUGUGUUUGGGAGUUUACAGGAGAAGGAUAUGGAUAAUGAAACUGCGGUUGUUCGUGAUGCCGAUACACACGGGUUGAUAAAUGUUAAGUUAGAGCAGAUUGCUGAAUAUGUUGGAGACCCUGAUGAUAUUGGGUACUGAUUGUUUUCAUGUUUCAGGUACUUGAGUUAUAGUUUCGGAAAACCAUAUGAGAUUGUGGACGUUUGUGAGGUAUUGAUAUUAUGUUAAAUUACUUGAUUCUCUAGCAUUUUAAAUGAAUGAAUUCGUUAUAGAAAA